AUGGCUUCGACCGCCAAGGACAGUGGUCCUGAGGCCCAUGCCCCCCCCGAGGUGUUUGUUUGCCCAAUAUCAAGGGAGAUCAUGAGGGACCCCGUCGUUCUGGUCGAAACAGGGCAGAUAUACGACAAGGAGUCCAUCAAGGGCUGGUUCAUACGGGGCCGCAACACAUGUCCACUGACAGGCAAGCGACUGCUGAGCCAGCACCUUACACAGGUCCACAUGCUGCGGAUGGCCAUCGAGGAGUGGGCCUCAAGGGAGAACGUCGAGCUGGGCCCCAGUAGCAUACCCCCCAUGAGUGCUGAUGACGCUGCCUCCUCUUCCAUGGGCCCUUUGGACGACCCAGCAGCCUGCAUGUCCAUCGUUUCUUCCAAGGGCGUCUCUGUGUAUGAUAUAGAUGGCCUGUGUGCCCUGGUGGAAGGGAAAAAGGUGCCAGAGGCGUAUGCCGCGCUGGUGGUCAUGCGGGACAUGGUGAAGCAUGCAGACGAAGACCGGGUCAAGUCGAUGAGGAGGGCGCUGGAUCUGGAGCUGCUGAAGCAGCUGCUUUGGGAGGAUCGGCUUCAGGUUCCAGCUGCACGGCUGCUGGUGCAAAUGCGUGGUGUACUGGACAUCGACGAGCUGCUAUCGCUGCUGGUGAUCCAGGACGUCGAGCUGCAGGUUGAUGUGCUCACACGGCUGAUCGAGCACAUCUGUGAGAACAGGGGCCACAUGCAGGAGGCUGCAGGAGCUGUUGGGCGCUGGGUCUCAGGCCUGUGCUCACGGUUUCGAGGGCGUAGGCACUCAAGAAGCCGGAGGCCAGCGCCGCCUUGA